AGUUUUCACUCUCGACUCGACCGAAUCAGCGGCAGUGAAGAAGCAUGAGCAACAGCACCUAACAGUAACAGUUGUAGUGUAGUAACAGAACAGAAACAACGUGAUUCGGGAGCAGAGCGCGGAGGACAUUGAUGAUGUGCAGUGCGUAGUGGUGCGCGUCGCGGACUGGUGUUUAUUGUCAUAAUCAAGAGAACCGUCAUUGAUCUAGUCACCUUCUUCCAACAAGUUAUAAAGUGCAAUCAUAUCUCACGCGUAUUGUCGAAAAUUGCGCAUUCUUGGGCCGCGCCGCGUAAUCGUCCGUCUAAUCGCGUACUAGUGACCUCAGAAUUUUAAGGCAGUGACGAUUUGCUUCCGAAUAGCGAGCGGAAAAUCAAUGCAGCACUAUCAUCGUCGCUUAUUCUAAACACAUGAAAAUGGCGUCGCGGCGUCGUCUACUAGAAACAGCAGGUUCUAGCAGCAGUGCUGGUCAAUCUGGUUCUCGGCGACCGUGGUGAAGCUUGUCCGUCGCGUCCCGUUGCAUCUGAUUCCGGAGGAAUUAUUGUUUGUGUUGUGGCAGGAAGUGACCUCCGCCGAAUAAGCGUAAGGCAGCUAUAGUGCGAGCGAAGAAGAGCCCUCGUGACUAAUCCGAAACCGUGUGCGCUGCUGUAGUGUGUUCCGUGUGUCUCUACCUCGUCGUUUAGUGUCAAUGUGAGUGCGCAAAGAUAUACUAUCGUCAUCGAAGAGUUGAAGCCAAAGGUGUCCUUCAAAGAGUCUCAAGUAGCUCAAGGUACUGAGCUCGCUUUUGGAAAGCAGCAGAAGAUUAGAGUUAAGGAAGGCAGCAUUGUGUCACAUAGCAGGAUGAGUUCCGGGCAGUCCCAGCAGUUCUGCGUUCGGUGGAACAGUCACCUCGGCAGCAUCGGAGCUGCAUUUCCACAGCUAUUGGCUGGCCAACGGUUUGUGGAUGUGACGCUCGCCUGCGAGGGACACCAAGUACACUGCCACCGUCUGGUACUGGCAGCAUGUUCCACAUUCUUCGAGAACCUGCUUGGCGAAAAUCCGUGCAAACAUCCGAUCAUCAUACUUCCGCGGGAGAUAAAACUAUGGGCCAUCCAGGCGUUGGUUGAUUUCAUGUACAAAGGAGAAGUGAACGUAUCUCAGGCCGGUUUGCCAGAUCUGAUGAAGUGUGCGGAAAUAUUGAAAAUUCGCGGCCUAUGCGGAUCGGACGCGGCUCUCAAUCUCAACCAAAUUUCCAGCCCAGGCGGUGGCAGUAGUUCGAGCUCGUCUGCUCCCGGACAAACGCAAGAAUCAUCAACGAACCAAAGUGGCCAAAGAGGAAGCAGUCCUCAACGCAGCGAACAAACCAAAGGACAACAGAACAGUGCCCUCAGUGGAACCAAACCAUCGGGAAAUUUCCUCAACAGCUUGAAUCUGCAACCAGUGGCAUCAUCGACGCCGGCGAAGACAUCUAGUCAGCAGAAACUGCAUCAACAACAGCAAAGUCUUCAGCCAGACGGCGAUGAUGGCGACAGUGAUAAUGAGGGCAGUGGCAAUGAAUUGUGCAUCAAGACAGAAGAUCUCAUCAUAGAUGAAGACGCUGCAAAACCGGAUGACGAUGACGAUGAGAUAGAGAUGGAAGGAAACGACAAAAGCCAAGCGGAGGACGACGAUGUCGUUGAGGAUGAAGAAAUUGAAGGUUUUGUCGAAGAUGUAGUAGAUCAAGCACUCCAACCGCUAGACGGUCGAUCUCGUCUCAGUAGUAAUAGCAGUAGCAAUAAUAAUCAGUUCACUAUCACCAUCACCGACGACAACAGUACUACUAGUAACCCUUGUCCAGCAGAGUCCAAAACGACCUCUACGAACAAAGUGACCUCCUCCUCGCUUCCUCCGCCGUCGUCAUCGUCGUCGUCGCUGCUGUCGAUCCUAACACGUGGCUCGAUUCGCGUGAAGUCGAACGAAAACCUUUUUGAAAACUUCGAUCAACAGCAAGACAAACUGCCAGAAGAACAUAGAAAUACGAGUAAAUACGCGUCACGAGCACGACAUCACGGGUACGGGUCGUCGUUCAGUGUUGGUGGUGGUGAUGGUGACGAUGAUGGUGGUGGUAUUAAUAGUAUUAAAAGUGUAGACGGUGGGACUGAUCCCGGCGCAACCGGUCUUCCCUCUUCCUUAGUGUACAACCGCAACACGAUGGAUAUCUACGUUAAACCAAAGAAAGAUGGAGGUGGCGGAGCCAGUACUAUUAGCAAUCCGGACAUUUCCUACGAAGAAGGUGGAAGCGAACUGUCGGCCGACGGUUUUGAAAACAUUAUAUGUUCGCCAAACUUCCCGCAGCUCGGUGGAAGCAGCACGAUGGGCAGCUACCAGGACGAUGACUACGAUGACGAUUUCGACAUUCAGAUUCUCCCAGACGAGAACUCGUUGACGAACGGUGAGAGCGAAGGCGAAGACCUGGUGUAUCCACCUCCGCUGUUACCGUUCGGAAAUUCGGAAACGAGCAUCACCCGCAUACCGGUCGGCAGCCGUAAGGUGCGAACGAACGGUGGAGAUCACUCGAGCCUGCUCACACCGAUCAUAAAGCGGAGGCGCCAAUCUAGCAGCCGGGGUGGCAGACUGCUCCUGUCAUCCAGCAUGGGUUCUCGAGAUGCCAAGGUCACCAUGACAAAUGGUGUGGUUAUUCCGCCGUCGGCGUUCGUGCUUAGGAAUCCCCGGGGGAAUCAGCCACGGUCGUACAACACGGACGCACUCUGGUCGGCCCUGAUGGAUGUGAAAGCAGGCGAGAGCAUAUACAGAGCGUCCCAAAUCCACAAAGUUCCUCGCAAAACGCUCCGCAACUGGAUGAAACGGUGGGACAUCAAGUCCGCCUACCCGAUGCCCCGGCAGCUAAAGGAAGCAGCGGAGAAGAAACGUAUCAUCAAGGAACUGACUGAACAAGCGCAGCAAGUCGGCGAUGACCUGAUGCAGUACACUGAACCGAAACAUCCUCUCAAGAUUGAAUGAAAAGUGUACCGCUGACGACCCUGAACAGAUGUCCUUUUUGAGCGAUGAUCAUCCGCUUGCUCCUGAUGUUCUAUGAGAAUCCUUCAUCUAGGAAGGAGGUUGAUAUGGUAAUCCAAUGGAAUGAAUUCCAGUUUCGUAUGAAAUACUUGAAGAAUGAUGUUCGGGUUCAGUGCAGUAAAGAAGAAAUCAACAAACCAAUUAAUAUGUACUACAAAUAUUAAACAUAAUUAUACGUUUUUACAACAAAAAAGAAAAGAACCCCAAAUAUGGAACAAAAUGGAAAUGAUAGUCAGUAUAUGUAACAGAUGGCAAAGAUGAGAAUAGGAGUAAAAGAGACAAAUUUAAAAUAUACAGAUUUAUAUAUUUUUGAGUUAUAGCCGGUAAGUCUGACCUCCCCUACCUUUCCCCGCCCCCAUCUUAGAUAUGUAAGAAAAAAAACCCUUCCCCAGAAACGGAAUAGAACGAAUAUGGUUCAAAGUGAAAUCUAGUUUGCUAGCGUUUAGGUUAUUUUUAUGGUUUUCCAAAAACAUACACACACAAAGCGAAGUGAAAUGAAAAUCUCCUAAUCCUUAAUUCAGAGCUAAUUUGAUAUGUAAUUAAUUUAGUGAGGCACAUUUUCAUUACGCAUGCGCAUUACACAUACUAUGUUAAGCAACCGUUUAGGAAUCCGUAAAAUUUUACCGGUUCACUGAGGAAAGGUAAUUUCAUGGCCAUUUGCGAAAAUAAUUUCAUGUAGAAACGUACAUUUACGUCUAGUCAAAUGUUGUAAAACCACAAACCAUUAGCUUUUUUCAUCCCAAGGGCUUUAUAUACGAAUCUAGUUUACGAUAAUUGGCAUUACAUAUUUUUAUUGUGUACGAAUAGUCACGCUCGGAUGCAAUGUAGGUACCAUAUUUUAUAUCUUAAGGUCAUGUGUAUAUGGUAAGUGUAUUUCGUACCUUUGAUUUCAAUUAACUAUGCACCAUAUUUUUAUAUAAAUCCCCUUAUGUAAGUACUUACCUGAAUGUGGAAUCGAUCGGGAGAAGAGAAUGAAGGUUACCCGAUCGAGGGCAGUCUUGUUUGAUUUAAUUUAUUUUAUACGGAACCAUUCUAGUGUCGUUUCAUCACCAAAAAAUCGUGCAAGUCAAUAAAGUAAUUUGAGCAACAACCAAAA